UCCAGCAGGCUCCGAAACAUUUCCUUAAGAGAUCACUGACAUGCCCACGUUAGGGCUUUCGGUUUUUCCCUUCGCAGCUCCUGGGCCCCUGUUGCUUCGAUCCCCCCUCCGGGCACCAGGGAGCGCUGUAAUACUCUCAGGGUCCGCUGACGCCUCCGCGCUCUCUUCCGCUUUUCUUCUCGCUGCGCCGCACUUCUGGUGGCAAGCGGAAGCGGGGACUUGCAGCCGCGGGCGCCGGGGCCGGAGGCAUGGCGGGGGCGGGGCCGGGGGAGGCUCGCGCCGAGCAGGCCGGGGGGUCUCUCUCCCCGGCCCUUUGAACCAGGACCGUACAGAGAUGUGAUAAUGGAUCAUCAUGUUUCCACCAUCAAACCUCGAAGAAUCCAGAACCAAAAUGUCAUUCACCGCUUGGAACAGCGACGAAUCAGCUCAGGCAAGGCAGGUACCCACUGGCAUCAGGUCCGAGUAUUCCACCAGAAUGUCUUCCCCAACUUCACAGUUGUCAAUGUUGAAAAGCCUCCUUGUUUCUUGCGUAAAUUCUCGCCUGAUGGGCGCUACUUUAUUGCUUUCUCUUCAGACCAGACCUCUCUUGAAAUCUAUGAGUACCAGGGCUGCCAGGCAGCUGAGGACUUACUGCAGGGCUAUGAGGGGGAGAUCCUGUCCAAUGGCAAUGACCAGCGGUCAGUCAACAUCCGCGGCCGGCUCUUUGAACGCUUUUUUGUCCUGCUGCAUAUUACCAACGUAGCCGCCAAUGGGGAGCACCUGAACCGGGAGUGUAGCCUCUUCACCGACGACUGCCGAUGUGUCAUCGUGGGCUCAGCUGCCUACCUCCCGGAUGAGCCGCACCCUCCUUUUUACGAGGUGUAUCGGAACAGUGAAUCUGUGACCCCCAACCCACGGUCCCCUCUGGAGGACUAUUCCCUUCACAUCAUUGACCUUCACACUGGCCGCUUAUGUGAUACCCGCACUUUCAAGUGUGAUAAGGUGGUCCUGUCGCACAACCAAGGGCUGUACUUGUACAAAAACAUCCUGGCCAUCUUGUCAGUGCAGCAGCAGACGAUCCACGUCUUCCAGGUGACCCCUGAAGGCACUUUCAUUGAUGUGAGGACCAUCGGCCGCUUCUGCUACGAGGAUGACCUCCUCACCGUGUCAGCCGUUUGCCCGGAGGUGCAACGGGACAGUCAGACAGGCAUGGCCAACCCUUUCAGAGACCCCUUUAUCAACUCCCUGAAACACCGGCUGCUCGUGUACUUGUGGCGCCGGGCAGAGCAGGAUGGUAGUGCGAUGGCCAAGAGGCGCUUCUUUCAGUAUUUUGACCAGCUGCGGCAGCUGCGCAUGUGGAAAAUGCAGCUUCUGGACGAAAACCAUCUGUUUAUCAAGUACACCAGUGAGGACGUGGUAACCCUGCGGGUCACAGAUCCAUCACAGGCGUCUUUCUUUGUGGUAUACAAUAUGGUGACAACAGAGGUGAUUGCUGUGUUUGAGAAUACAUCAGAUGAGCUUCUAGAACUCUUUGAGAACUUCUGUGACCUCUUCCGUAACGCUACCCUACACAGUGAAGUCCAGUUUCCCUGCUCAGCUUCCAGCAACAAUUUUGCAAGGCAGAUCCAGCGCCGCCCACAGCCUCUCCACCAGGAGUCGAUCCCAUCGCAAGAAACCACUUUCUUUGCUCUUCCACAAGAAGCAGCUCCUCCUCCGUUCGAGUUUGACCGUCAGAUCACAGCAGUUCAGUCCCACCCUGAGGCUCCACUAGUAAUUCUAGUUCUCUUGCUGUUUCCACCACAUCUGCAGUGACUUCCUCCACAGACGUCAUGAACCCCUCAAAGUCAUCCACGAGAGUUGGAAUCAACUUCUUCCAAACUCUGUUAAUAUUGAUAUAUUGAUAUUUUGACCUCUUCCUAUAAAUCACGAAUGUUCUUAAUGGCAUCCAGAAUGGUGAAUCCCUUCCAGAAGGUCUUCAGUUUACUCUGUCCAGAUCCAGCAGAGGAAUCACUAUCUAUGGCAGCUAUAGUCUUAUGAAAUUUAUUCAGUAAUAAGACUUGAAAGUCGAAAUUACUUCUAGACCCAUGGGCUGCAGAACGUUGUAUCAGCAGGUGUGCAAAGAACAUCAGUCUCCUCGUACAUCUCCGUCAGAGCUCCCGGGGGACCAGGUGCAUUGUCAAUGAGCAGUAAUAUCUUGACAGGAAUCUUCUGAGCAGUAGGCCUCAACAGUGAGCUUGAAAUAUUUAGUGUACCAUGUUGUAAACAUACGUACUGUCCGGGUUUUGUUGUUCCAUUGACAGAGCCCAGGCAGAGUGGAUUUAGCAUAAUUCUUUGGGUCCCCAGGAUUUUCAGAACGGUACAUGAGCACAGGCUUCAGCUUAAAGUCAGCGUCUGCAUUAGCCCCUAACGAUAGAGUCAGCCCAACCUUUGAAGCUUUGUAGCCAGGCCCUGACCCUCCCUCUCGGGCUGUGAAAGUCCUAGAUGGCAUCAUCUUCUGACAGAAGGCUAGUUGGUCCACACUGAAAAUCCGUUGUGUUGUGGAACCACCUUCAUGAAUGAUCUCCGCUAGAGCUUCCGGAGACCUCGCUGCUGCUUCUCCAUCAGCCCUUGCUGCUUCACCUUGCAGUUUGAUGUUGUGGAGACGGCGUCUUUCCUUAAACCUCACGAACCAACUCUGCUAGCUUCAGACUUGUCUUCUGCAGCUUCGUCCCCUCUCUCCGCCUUCACAGAACUGAAGAGAGUGAGGCCUUGCUCCGGAUUAGGCUUUGGCUUAAGGGGAUGUUGUGGCUGUUGGAGCUUCUGUCCAGACCACUAAGACUUUGUCCAUAUCAGCAGUAAGGCUGUUUCACUUUGUUAUCAUUCGUGGGUUCACUGGCAUAGCACUUGUAAUGUCCUUCCAGAACUCUUCCUUUGCAUUCACAACUUGUCUGUUUGGGGCAAGCGGCCUGGCUUUCGGCUUAUCUAGACUUUCAACACACCUUCCUCUCACUGAGCCUAAUUAUUUCUAGCUUUUGAAAUGAGAGAUGUGUGACUCUUCCUUUCACUUGGACACUUAGAGGCUAUCGUCGGGUUGUUAAUUGGUCUACUUUCAAGUAGGAAUCAGGGACGCCCGAGGAGAGGGAGAGAGAGGGGUGAACAGCUGGUGGACAGAGCAGUCCGAACACACACAAAACCAUUACAUAACAUCAAAGAUCAUGGAUCACAGAUCGUCCUAAAAUAAUAAUAAUGAAAAACUCUGAACUAUUGCGCGAAUUACCAAAUGUGACACAGAGGCUCAAAGUGAGCAAAUGCUAUUAGAACAAUGGCGCCAAUAAACUUGCUAGGCUUGGGGUUGCCCUGUGAAACUGCGGUGUCUGAGGAAUACCAUAAUAUGACGUAUGCCUGAGCCUUUCUCCCUAUCUGUGAAAGUGGGAGGUGCCCUGGCGUUGCUCUGGCUCUCUCAUCGCACCAUCAGUGAAGCUGCCAGGUAACCAGAGUCUGAGCGCGGAGUUGGAAAGGAGCCACGGGGUGGAUGGCCGUGUUGUGGGAGCCCACGGCUUCUCUGUGUCUUGUUUUACUAACUCUGACGAUGAAGGCCUGGCUGCCACCAGAAGCGGGGUUCCCGGGCCCCGUGAUGCACGUCCUGUUCAUCUUCCUCCGACCAGAGAUGUCCUCGUCGUCAGCUACUGUUUCUCUUCCAAACUUAGUAAUUAACUUGCCAGGGUUAGGAGAGGAGACUGUCACUUAGCUUCAGUUAAUUGUUGAAAGAACAGAGAGGGGUCUGUGUUUCUACUAAAAGGGGGAAAAAAAAGGGGAGGGAUUGGAAAUAUUCUGAAUGGGGAAACGCAGAAGGAAAAUAAAGGUGAUUUUCAAACUCAGUUUCUUCUCCCUUGUCUUUAAAGGUUUUUUUUUGGCGGGGGGUGUUAGGAGGUUUUAAAUCUGUCCUUAAGGAAGGAUGUAUUACUCAGAAUAAAUUGCCUCUAGAUUGUUUU